AUGGGGAAUCGCGGCCGGCGUCGGGGGACCCGUGUCGCUUCGAGUGCUGUUGAUCGUGUGGAGAAACACGAGCAGAUGGUGCAGUCGGAGACGUACGUUGCGUCUGGUGGCUCAAUGGAUCGCAGUCAGCCGGAGAUUCGGUCAAUUUCCUGGAGAAAAGCGCGAAGUGCAGCUGUGAUUCAGUACGCGGACGGCAGUCGCUUUGAAGGUGGGGUUGAUGCUGAAGAGCGACGACAUGGAACGGGUGUUUACGUCUUGAAGUCAGGACACACUUCAGAGGGUGGCUGGGUGCACGGAGAUUUUGAAGGGUUUGGCAUGCAGCUAUAUGCAGUAACAGGAGAUUGCUACGAAGGUAUGUAUCGGAAGAACCAUCGCCAUGGUACAGGGACGUACUUGUGGGCAAAUGGUGACAAGUACGUGGGCAAUUGGCGGGUUGGCAAGAUGCACGGGACCGGCACGUUCUUUUGGCGAAACGGUGACUGGUACAAUGGUGAAUGGAAAAGGGGAAUGAUGCAUGGUCGAGGCAAGAAGGUAUGCUCGUCAGGCGAGAUGGUCGACGCUGUCUGGAGGCAUAAUCAGGUGAGCGGGUGGGGAGUGAAGGUGUUUAGCUCUGGAGGCAAGUACGAAGGCUAUUUUGUCAAAGGUGAGCGCGAGGGAUUCGGCAAGUAUGAAUGGGUAGACGGAGAUUCGCACGAAGGCACGUGGCAUCAAGGCAGGAUGCACGGUAAAGGUGUAUAUGCGUCGGCAGGUGGAUCUUUGCACGGAACGUGGUCCAGUGGCGAACUCAUUGGCCAGGGCGUGCACUACCUUCCAUGCGGAAGUGUAUAUACUGGUAAUUAUAAAACUGGUGAGCGAAGCGGUGUCGGUACCCUGACUUUCGCUUCCGGAGAAGUCUACGAAGGCGAGUGGCACAAGGGAAAUGUUCAGGGGUACGGAUCGUGGUCGUCGCCCGAUGGACGGAAGUUCAUUGGUACGUGGGUUCAUGGCUUUCCUUCUGGUCGUGGUAUUUUCUGCUAUGAGCAUGACGAAGAGGAGGACGGAAACGACAGAGAAGGCGAACGCACCGCUGACGCGAGACACACGUUUCAGGUAGGAGAGUUUGAGCGUGGGCGACUUGUUACCGGGAAGGAUCAUUUUGUCAUCGAACAGGUCUCGGUGCCAUCCUAG